GACUAUGCGUGCUAUUUUCCCCAAGAUCAUCAAACUUUCCCGAUGCAGAGUGGAAAUUGUUGUAUUUUAUUAUAGUAUUAUACCUAACUUGAACUUCUGAAAUAUAUAUGGUUGUAGUGAGAAUACUCGCGCGCGGAUGUAACCAUGAAAUCAAGUCAGUGUGCACGUGGCCAUAGAAAUAACACUGGGGAAGUAGGAAACGAUCAUGUAAAAAGAUACAUGUGCAUGUGUACAUGUAAUUUGGUUUUACACAAUAUAAUAGCUAUGUGAUGACUUGUGGACACUUCGAUAGUAUUUUAUUGCAUUACUGCAAUACAAACACUCACUGCUGGGAGGCGCUAUCCAGUAUAUAUACGGCCUUUCCUUUGACGUCAUCUGCGCCAUGUUGAAUUUCUGUGUGUGCCCGUAAACACAUCAAGAUGCCGUUGUUUAAUUGAAUUACCCGCUAAUACGGAUACGUGGGAUUUAAAUUAUAAUUACUAUGACAUCAAUGAAAGGCCUGUAUAGUUUGACAAACUGAUGAUGUCAUUCAAGCAUGUAUAGAAAAUAGAAACCUUUUUGGUAACUUCGCUGAGUUUACUUCGAUAUCCCCUGUAAAUGGUUCUUGAUCAACAACGAUUUAUCCAGUCAUUGGUCAAUAAAAUAAUUACAUUCAAUUUAAAAAGCCAAAUGUUAGCUUACAUUGAUAUGUUAAUCACAGUCAUUUUGUUCAGUAACGCACGAAUCUUCGAGUAAUUAUGUCUAUAGAUUUUAUAUACUAGUAGAUCAUUUUUAGCAAUAAUCAUUCUAAGCCGAUUCGAUCAAACAGUGGAAAUGUUUUGGUAUGAGAUAUACCGUUAUCAUUAAAUAAACUUAAAGGCAUAAUGACGUUAUUAAACUCGUCGUGACCGUCACCCAAUGAACACUCAAUCGCCACAUUAGCCGGUCACUAGCAUCCUACCAUCCACAUGGAACGGACCCGAGGCGCGACAGACUCUACCCGAGGACAACUCUACAUAAGACAACUGGGGCCAACUCCUCUCCACACGGCAAGCUAAGGCUGUUGUAUAUUUACUAUUGUCUCUUUUGUAACAUUCACAGUCAUGUAUGCAUAGACAAGUCUCGUUUUUACCUCUGUACAAGUGCUCAUAGUUAGCCGUACCGCACUCCAUGACUGUAUCUCCCACCUAACGGAUGAUGUCAUGGAACAAAGGGCAUAGGACACUAAGUGUAACCUGAUUGGCUAGUAGAACAAUCGUCUAUGAGACGAACUACCUUAUUGGUCAGGAGAACAAUGGACUACGCUCAGAGGGCCCUGACCUGACUAGACGUAGGCUCUGAUUGGUUAGUUAGUCAUAACGAUAUCCUGUAAGCUGAUUGGCCAUUGAACCCUAUACUCUGAUUGGCCACAUAGCUAGUGCAAUAUGAUAUCUUGUAAUCCGAUUGGCUAUCUCCUGCCCUAACUGCUCAGAGCGCCCUGCCCUAACUAGAGUAGAGGCUAUAAAAGCCAGUGCGGUACCACUCUCUUGUCAUUCUGAUGAAGACUUUUGAAUAAAAGGUCGAAACCGGUAAACCGUUGUGUCUCAGCCGUCCUCUUUAAUUUCUGACGCCUUAUCGACCAUUUAAGGCAUAAUGACGUUAUGCUAUUGUUGUAUGUCGCCUACACGUAUAUAGCGCAUGUUAAUUGAGACAAAUCAUGCCACUAAGAGGACGUGGAUCUAGAACCGGUUUUUCUACUUAGUAGUCUGGCCAAGCUUCAUUGUGUCGAUUCAGCUGUACAGAUUUAAUGAGCAACGAGUAAUCAAAGAUGGCGGACGAAGGAAAAUCUGAGAGAAUAAGAUUAGUCAAGAAGGACACCGAUGACUCGGGACUGGAGGCUAUUUUCCAAACUACGUCCGAGUCCCACCCGGACACAGACAGGGCCGGCAGGUUCUCCUCCAAACUCGGCCUCAUCAUCAGCUGUGUGGGCUGCGCUGUAGGGACGGGAAAUCUCUGGCGCUUUCCGAGGAUUCUAGCUAACAACAGUGGAGAGAAAGGAUGUCUGCAGUUCCUGCUGGUCUGGUUCCUGUUCCUGUUCAUGUGGUCCAUGCAGUUUAUCAUUAUGGAGUACGCCAUCGGUCGGUUUACCAGGAGAGCUGCACCGAUGGCGUGGCAUGACCUACUAGGCGUGAAGUCAACAUGGCUUGGGGGAUGGAUAAGCAUUGUUAAUUUUCUGACAUGUUGCUACUACGGAGUCAUCGUCGGAUGGUCCAUUCACUACCUGUACUACUGCAUCUUUCACCCCCUACCAACAAACUUUGAGGAGAGCAGUCAGAUCUGGAAAGCGUUUGCUGAGGAAAGCAGCUGGCCUGUACUAUUACACUUCUUAGCUACUGCUGCAUCAACCCUUGUGAUGUGGAAAGGAGUAAGCAGCAUCGAACCUGCCAUGAAGGUCAUGAUUCCUGGACUCUUGAUUUUGGUCAUCACAGCGUUUAUCUGGGCUCUAACCCAACAGAACGCAGGGACUGCUCUUGCCUAUAUCUUUACACCAGACUGGCAGCUGUUGGGUACCCCCAGACUAUGGAUUGACGCCCUGUCCCAGAACGCUUGGGACACAGGAGCAGCAUGUGGGAUUUUCCUGGUGUAUGGAGCGAGUAUGACCCAAAGUAUGGGACCUGUGAAGACAGGCCUUCUCAUACCAUUCCUCAACAACACUGUAAGUCUUAUGUCCGGUACGAUGGUGUUCUGUACCGUGUUUUCCACCUGGACCAAAGUUAGUCCAGGAGGAGACAAGGAUGACCUGAUGAAACUCCUGAAGACGAACGGGCCUGCCAACACGGGACUCACCUUCGUCUGGAUGCCCAUUCUCUUCUCCACUAUGACGGGCGGCCGUGUGAUGGCGUCCCUGUACUUCCUGAUGGUGGUGGUGGCAGGGUUCAGUAGCUACGUCACGAUGAUAAACAGUACUACACAGGUUCUUGUUGACUGGGGAGUGAGACGAGACGUGGCAUCAGUGGUGAUGGGGAUACUAGUGUUCCUUCUAGGUGUUCCCAGUGCUGUCAACGUUAACUUUCUUGCAAUCCAGGACUUUAUAUGGGGCGCUGGGUUGAUCCUCUCAGGGCUAGUAUUCAUCUACCUGUUCUGGAGAUACGGGUCAUUGAACUUUCGCCUCAACCUGCUGAACGAGGCAGGAGAUGGAUCAGACUGGAAACUACCGAAAGCUUGGGAAUGGCUUGUCAAAUACGUGUUACCAGUUGAGGGUCUGGCGUUACUGGUGUGGUGGGUCGUCAGUACUGUACGGAGCGAGAAGAUCCCCUGGUACCAGCUGGGAGAAGGGUCUCUCAUGACAGCAUUUCUGGGGGUAAGAUACAUGUACUAUAGAUUGAAUCAAUGAUCAUAUAUGCAUAUCUACAUAAAUCAGUGGCUGCUUGUUAAUGAUAUAACAACUAUUAUUAUGUACUGAGGAAGGUAUUUUUAAUUCGAGCAAACUAUUAAAGUUUUGACCUAAUAUUUCACAAUCAGAUAAAUGAAAAGGCCCAUGCGUUCUUCGUAUUUGUGGUAUCCUCAAUUCUGCCUUUGAUUGCACUCUAAAAUGAAAUAUUAGAGUUUUUUUCAAAUUUAAAAUGUAUAUCCUGAACUCUGCAAUUAUACAUACUAUAUAAUCAUAAGAGAUCAUGCUUCUACGAUUAUUUCCAUGUGAUUUUAUAUCAUUAAAAUUUGAUAAAAAAACUUCUGAAAAAAGGCUUCUACGUGUAGUUGAAUGAUAAUUGCUAUUAUCAUAUUUUCAGUGGUUUGUUGCUGGGAUCUUUCUCCUAGGCCUGAACCUGGUGUUUGUCCGGUACCGAGCCCGCCUGUCCCGCUGGUGGUCUUCACUCAUCGCCAAACAGGAGGACAUCCCAGCCUGCUACUGUGGUCACAGACAGGACAGACGCGACAAAGACAACCUCAUCGUCAUGACAGACAAUGCUGAAAUGGGCCCAGUUCUAGACUACAAGACGAUAGAUUGAUUAUUGUCUAAAGCUUAGGUGGUAUCUCAUUGCAUUUGGAGAACCGGAACCGGUGCAGGCUGCGGGGUUCCAAAGAUUACCUAACGAAUUUCAGAGAUAAAGAACAAGUUUUCUUACGUUAAGGGUAUUUUGUUGUCUUCUAAGUCAUACUUUUACGUAUCACGCAAUAGAUAAGUUAUAAAAAAUCUGUGAAAAUAACACAACAGUGCCACAAUGAAAGAACCCCACAGUGCCACACUGGUCCCCCAAGUGCAGUGAGACGCCACUUUUACUGUCUACAACGUUUCUACCUCGACAGCUUCUUGUUAAAUAUUUUGUAUUGGUCGAUUUACCAGUUUCAGUACUGAUGUUAUGACUUAUCUUCAUUAGAAUUAAUAAUUAUGAUAAUAACAACUCAAGUUUUUUAUUGUUUAGUGGUUAAUGUAUUUCAAAGUGCAGAACAGUUCAGAAGUGUUAAACGAACUUAAUACUUAGUUGUGGUUUAUGUCUUCUCACGGGCUGUAUCGGGUUGUGCCUUUUAGGUCUGAUAUGUUAUCAGAAAUAGUGAAUGUCACGAGUUUAAUAUCGGAGGCAUGAUAGAAUAGGCCAUUUGAGAUAUGUAUACGUCGUUCAACAGGUUAAGUUUAUGGUUCAACAGUACAUGUCAUGUCAUAGUUAACUUGUAACGGGCAAUUGCUUCUCACCUCUUACAUGUGAUCAGUCAUAUUGAUUGUCAUGAUGUGAAUGUCAUCAUGUUUUAGGUUUAAGGCAUCAUUUUAUAGGCCAUUUGAGAUAUUCAUAUUUCGUUUUAUAGGGUUUAGUUUAUAUAUAUAUAUAUAUAUGUAUAGCGCAAUAGUCCGUGUCUUUUUGUGGUUAGCCUGUACUUAUGUAAAUUCUCUUAUGAUAUGUAACCAGUCAUUGUGAAUGUCGUGAUGUUUCAGGUUACAAGCAUCAUAGAAUAGGCCUCUUAAGAUGUCCAUACGACGUUCAAGGGCUCAGUUUAUGGUGCAAAAUGUACAUGUUCUUCUCAUCGCUAACUUGUAACGGGUAAUUGUUCCUCAGGUCUUGUAAGUAAUCAGAUACAGUGUAUGUCUUGAUGUUACAUACUUAAGCCAUCAUAAAAUUGGAAGUGUGAAAUAAAAAAAGGACAAAAUUGAGGUUAGUCAAAGAAGGUAAAUUAAAUUCUAAGAGUGCAA